UCCCCGCCGCUAGGUGGCGAUAGCGGCUUCACAGAGCCGCGACUCUCAAUGGCGUAGAAUGAGGAAGAAUUUACUAAAAGUUCUAGAGGAGAGCUGGAAAUCUUACAGACACAGAUUCGUUCCCUGGAUUGCUUUAAAUCUUAGGAAAAAUGAGAGGACUCUCCGCCAAGUCAAACACCGGUCCGAAGACAAGCGGUUGGACGACGGUCAGGUCCUCGCGUCCCUCAUGAGCCUUUUUACCGAGUUGCUUAGAAAUGACGCAAGCAAUCAAACCGAACAGCUUCGCCUGCUACCAGCGUCCUCUCGCCGCGAUUACUACAUUACCCACAAUGCCGCAGUGCACAGACCGGAAGUGGCGCCUCGCGAUAUUAUGCUGCACACAAUGGGGUUCUGUGUGGAGAAAAUGCACAGCUCGUUGCAGGAUGCAGGCAUUGGGGUGUUCAUUACCCGGGGACAGGUGCCCAAAGGUGUACCUGUAGCCAUGUAUCCAGGGACCAUCUAUCAGGCCGACGAGCCAAUUCUCUUCCAGUCCAUUCGAAACCCAUUUGUAUUUCGAUGCAUUGACGGCAUUUUGAUCGAUGGCAAUGAUAAAGGACUCUCCAAGCUAGUGUUUCAGUCAUGCAGUGGGCGGGACCGGCUCGGCCCGUUUCGUUUGAGUGACAGCUCGUGGUUGACGCCCUGUCCAGAAAACCCUCUGGCGGUAGGGCAGUAUGUCAACAACUGUUCCAAUGACACUGGAGACGCUUUAUUUAAACCAUCCUGUUCUCGUUUUGAUCCCCAGAGAAGGCUGCCAACGUCUGCUAUCAGGAACUUGAUGUGCCUGAGGACUUUCCCAUAGAACUUCGUCAGUAUCUUCCUAAUGUUAAUUACAGAGUUAAUAUACAAAGAGGGCUGCGCUGUGUCAUCCUUGUGUCAUUAAGAGAGAUUAACAGGGGUGAAGAACUUUUCUCCAAUUACUACACUGUUGUACACGACUCUUGAUGUGAUAAUCACGCACAACUUGUUUUAAUGACAGUAAAGCUUUUUCCAUGUUAUUAAUUCA